AUGAAACUAAAAAGAGGCGCUCGAAUAAAGGCAAAUUUAGUUUUUGAAGUUGAUGAAUGUGUUGGUCGUAUAGUUGGGGAAGAUAGUCAACAAUUCAUCACUAAGGGUGGAUGUGUAGUUAGAGAUCAUGCAAAAUUUGAUGGAACCACUUGGAAAAACCAACCAGAUUUGUUGAAGUAUGAUAUUAUCACUAAAUGCACGGAAAAUUCAACUUACGAUCCAAGUUGUCGCUCGAUGGUGCGUGCUAUCGAUACACAACUGGCGAACCAACAUAAAAACAGGCAAUAUAGGUUGCACCUUCAUUUCAAAAAGUUCUCUACAAAAGAGGAAGCAAUCAAUCAUCCUCCAAAUGGUGUAAUCAAUGUUGAUUGGGUAAAACUAUAUCAAAAAUUUGCAAGCGAAGAAUUUCAGAAAGUUAGCAUUAGAAACAAGAAGAACAAAUCAUUUAAUCAAGUUCCACCCGCGGUUGACACAAUUUCAAUUGCAAGGAUUGUUGACAUGAAUGAAUUACUAAAUGAGGAAGCUUCUUCUUCUUGUUCGCCGGCUGAAAUAUGUAUGAAAAAACUACAUCGUAUACCGGGAUAUAUAAAAGGGCGUUCUGUUUCGACAAAACAAGUUUUAGGCACAGAAAAGUUACAAAUGGAUCUGGAACUGGAAAAGGAAAAAUCAAAAGCCGUGGAGGAGGAAAUUCCUGUAAUUAAAGAAGAGCAACUACAAUUUCAAGAAGAGCAGAUCAAAUAUCGAGAGGAGCAAAAUAAGAAAAUGGAAUUUAUGAUGAGUGAGCUUUCACGUUUAUCUCAAUUGCAUUGAUCAAUUGAACUUACUUUUCUUAUUAAAUGAACUUCACCCGGUUGAUCUUUAUAUUUUGUUGUUUGAAAUAUUGGAUAAAAUGUAUGGAUUUUUUUAAAAAUUGACAUUUAAUUUUCAUAUUAUAAAUGUGAAGAUUUAUUUGGUUUU